AUGCAGCGACUAAAACUGGAUGAAACAGCAUUAGACUUGUUCGCGCGGCAACCAAAACGCAGCUUUUUGACUGGUUUAGAAUUUCUUGACGCGGCCACAACAACGCGUCAUGGCAAAAAGUAUGGAUUCCAACCACGACAAGUCAUAGAAAUAUGUGGGGCAAGCGACACUCCCAAAACUCAAGUGCUGGAACACAUUGUGGCUUCUUUUUUGACUAAAAGCUCUGCAACGUGCUACAAGGCGCCGAAAGAACGCGUGUAUAUAUUUGACCAUGAGGCUAAAGUGUCUGCUAUACGGUUGGCGUCACUAGUUGCCGAUAAGAUGGCCAGUUAUGAUCGGGAGAAUGCUGUGGACGACGCAUUAGGACAAGUGCAAAUAUGUUGUUGUCAGGACACGUUCCAGUGGCUAGCGACACUGAAUCACAUUCAUUUUCAGUUGCUUGAGGCAUCGCCAUCUUCUUUGAUGCUUGUGAUCAACUCCGUCGGGUCCUUCCAUUCUAUCGAUAUGAUGACUGCUAAAAGGGUGGGUAGCGGUCUGGCGAUGUCGGAGCAAGUAUACAUUUUUCUCAAGCAGUUCAUACGACACCACUCACCGAUUGUUUUCGCCGCAAAAGAAACCACCAAGGGCACACGGUCAUCGUGGGAGCAUGCAGAAUAUAUGCCAUCAUCAUGGACUAGCCAAGUAUCGAAGCGAAUAUUACUACGAGUUCCUUCACUUCGAAUUCAAUCGCUGAGAAGUUGCGAAGUAGAGAAGAAUAUUGCCGACGAUGAAGCUAGCACUCAAUUUGAGGCCAGAUGCAUCGCCGUCGGAGAGAGCCUAUCUUUCUUGUGUCAAAUCAAGCAGAAUCGUAUUGUGUCGUACCCUUUUGUCAAGAAAACAUCACCACACACAGUUCAAAAUCAAAAUCAAAUUGAAGACUAG